CGUUUCCGGUAUUAACGUGGUGACUAGUAGGACAUUAACUACCCGCAUCUACACAAGAUAUGAGCUAAGACGCAACAACAGCGGGGCUUUGUCACGUUUCCGUUGUGUGUCCGCUCAGAGCAGGCGGAGUGACGCGCACUGCACGGACUGACACCGUGUUACGGACCCACGGCGACAGGGCCGGGAGGGAUGCGGCUGGUGGCGGAGCGGCUCCGAGGCGACGUGUUGAGCAUCAGCAGGAAGCCGUGGCCCGCGAGCCUGGAGCCCGCGAGCCUGGAGCCCGCGAGCCGCGCAGGCCUGAGUCCGGAUUAAGGCGAGUGUGCGCAGCAGAUAAGCCGCAGCUGCCGCCCGCUUUGUGUUGCCGCUCUGACUGCGGAUGCCGCCAUCAGUAACACACGUAGUGAACGCGUGGAGGCUCGGAACCAGGCUGUCACCUACACUAGCAGAAGGUCACUGCCGGCGUCAUGGCUGAGCAGGAGGAGCCGUCGACCUCCUGCAGAUCUACAAGUUUGCCCGUGUUGAAUGAAGCCGCGCCUCAGGAGGAGACGCCGCUGGCUGGUUCUGUGCGCGAGAGCUCGACGGCGGAGGACACCAGCUCCCCAGCACACGCGGAGUCCAGCCCAGAGUCCCCCACAAGAACCGGGCCCCCGCCAAAGUCUGCGCUGGACCGGCCCGGCUCCUGCACGGACGGCACCCAGGUCCGGAGGAGCAAGAACCCGGCCCGGAGGCCGCCCCCCGGCCGCCUGGCGUCCCGGCUGGCCCGGGUCCGCCUGCCCAGCAGGGGGUACCUGGGCCGGGUCUUGCAGGACUCCCGCUGCUUCCUGUUCUGCAUGUGCUACCUGACGUUCAUCCAGUCGCUCAUGGUGUCGGGCUACCUCAGCAGCGUCAUCACCACCAUCGAGAAGCGCUACAGCCUGAGGAGCUCCGAGUCGGGCCUGCUCGUCAGCUGUUUCGACAUCGGCAGCCUCCUGGUGGUGGUCUUCAUCAGCUACUUCGGGGGCCGGGGCCAGAGGCCGCGCUGGCUGGCGGUCGGCGGGGUGCUCAUCGCCGUGGGCGCCGCCCUCUUCUCGUUACCCCACUUCAUCUCGCCGGCCUAUCAGAUCCAGGAGGUCAACGCGUCCUCGGCCAACGAGGGCUUGUGCCUGAACAGCAACUCCAGCGGCAGGGACCGCGUUGACGUCGCGUCCUGUCCCAGAGACCAGGAGGGCAACGAGCACAACCUGUACGUGGCGCUGUUCAUCAUCGCUCAGGUUCUGGUGGGCAUGGGCUCCACACCCAUCUACACGCUGGGACCCACCUACCUGGACGACAACGUGAAGAAGGAGAACGCCUCGCUGUACCUAGCCAUCAUGUAUGUGAUGGGAGCACUGGGACCAGCGGCUGGAUAUCUGCUGGGAGGAGUCCUCAUCGGCUUCUACGUGGACCCCAAGACCGUGGUCAGCAUCGACCAGAGCGACCCGCGCUUCAUCGGCAACUGGUGGAGCGGGUUCCUGCUGUGCGCCGUGGCCAUGGUGCUGGUCAUCUUCCCCAUGUUUACCUUCCCCAAGAAGCUGCCACCUCGACACAAGAAGAAGAAGAAGAGGAGGAAGAAGCUGAGCAUGGACGACCUGUCGAGCGACGACGACGUCCUCAAGGAGAAGAGCAACAACAAGAGCCAGACGGUCACCUCCUCCAUGGGCUUUGGCAAAGACAUCAAAGACCUGCCCAAAGCUGCGUUGAGGAUUCUCAGCAACGUGACCUUCCUCUUCGUCAGUCUGUCCUACACGGCAGAAAGCGCCAUCGUCACCGCUUUCAUCACCUUCAUCCCCAAGUUCAUCGAGUCUCAGUUCGGCAUCCCGGCCUCCAGCGCCAGCAUCUACACGGGUGUGAUCAUCGUGCCCAGCGCCGGUGUGGGCAUCGUCCUCGGAGGCUACAUCAUCAAGAAGCUGAAGCUGGGCGCCCGCGAGUCGGCCAAGCUGGCCAUGAUCUGCAGCGGGGUGUCGCUGCUCUGCUUCUCCACGCUGUUCAUCGUGGGCUGCGAGAGCAUCAACCUGGGAGGGAUCAACAUCCCGUACACCACCGGACCGACUCUCACCAUGACUCAGAGAAACCUGACUGGUGGUUGUAACGUGAACUGCGGCUGUAAGAUCCACGAGUACGCUCCGGUGUGUGGUUCCGACGGCAUCACCUACUUCAACCCGUGCCUGGCCGGCUGCAGCAGCGUGGCCAACGACAGCAGCGGGCUUCGGAACUACUCGGACUGCGCCUGCGUCCAGAGCCGGCAGGUCAUCACGCCGUCGUCCAGCGGUCCGGGCAGCAACCAGCUGCAGCUGGUCAUCGUGAAGACCUACCUGAACGAGAACGGACACGCCGUGUCAGGGAAGUGCGACCGCACCUGCAGCACCCUCAUCCCCUUCCUCAUCUUCCUCUUCAUCGUCACGCUCAUCACGGCCUGCGCCCAGCCCUCGGCCAUCAUCGUCACCCUCCGGUCUGUGGCGGAGCAGGAGCGGCCGUUCGCUCUGGGGAUGCAGUUCGUGCUGCUCAGGACCCUCGCCUACAUCCCCACACCCAUUUACUUCGGCGCCGUCAUAGACACCACCUGCAUGCUGUGGCAGCAGGACUGCGGCGUCCACGGCUCCUGCUGGGAGUACGACGUCACCUCCCUGCGCUUCGUCUACUUCGGCCUCGCUGCCAGCCUCAAGUUCCUGGGCUUCCUGUUCAUCUUCCUCACCUGGUACUCCAUCAAGUACAAGGAGGAGCGGGUGGAGCGCUGGCUCAAGCGCCACCUGUCGCCCGUCGACACCGUGGGCAGCCUCGUCUGCCACCCGGGCGGCCACAAGGGCCACGCGCGCACGCGCUCCUGCCCUGUCAACAUCCCGCGCAGCGACGCCAACGGGUCGGCGGGCGGCCCGGCCCGCGCCGGCGCCGGAGCCCUCAACCGCGGCGUCAGCACCCAGAGCUGCCCCGGCAACGAGCUGAAGGCAGGACCCCCCGCCCCCGCGGCGCCGAGCCCGGACUCCACCCAGUCGCUGGAACACGUCUCAGUCCGGGUCUGAGCAACUGGACCGGUUCCUCUGAUCCAGUGCCGGGCGGCGCGAGCACAGGCUGGGCUCCAGCUUCAUCUCCUGGGCGACAUGUGCCUUCUGUCCUGUAUAGUACAUGUGAACAGAUACCUCAGCUUCUGUGCUUCCUCCUCAUUCUGUUCCUCUAUCAGCAUCUCUACGAUCCGGGAAACGUGAUCCACUAGUUCAGUGUUCAGAACUGGAAACCGAUGGCAUGGUGCUAUGUGAAAGGUUUAGCGUCCAGUGUUUUGUUUUUACUUGUUUUAGAGUCGCAGACAUACAGUACAGGGGGCGGAGCUUCCCCUGCUCCACACAACGCGUCCAUCGGCACCACUGGCUCCUGGUUCUCAGCGCCCCUGGACACGUCCCCACAAGGACAAACUGAGCGUUACAGGAAACGCCGGCUCUGGCUACGAACCAAGCUCGGACCGGAGACGAGUGGAGCCUUCGCUCCUUCACAUGCACGCGGGGGUUGGAACGUAUGCAAUUAGAAAAGGCAGAAAGAAGCUGCUGGUGACGGUGGAGCUGCAGCUACUGACUGAACGAAUGGAUGAGGCUGAAUUAAAGUAUUUCAAGCUGAAGAAGCUUGAUGUAAUUUUUUAGCUUUAGAAACUAGAUUCCCUCAACCUGAAAUUUCCUCAAUUUUAGAGUAACAUUAAUAAAACAAAACCCAGAAUGUUUAGUGUUUUUGAGGUAGUGGUUCUUCAGUGGAGUAAAGACAUUUAUAAAUACACAGUGUUAACAGGCAGCGUCCUCUGCGCCGACAGCCUGAUGACGACCGCUUGGACUCCUCACACACUCCUUGUUCUGUAUUUUUAAAUUUUCAAUCAUUUGUAUCUGCUGAGCUGCUGUAAGGUUACACACACACACACACACACACACACACACACACACACACACACACACACGCUGUGUCCUCUGGGGACGCCUGCUGGCCAGAUGUGGAACAGCACCGUAUCAGACGAUGGCGAGAUUCAUGAAAUGUGUUUUACACUGGAGAUGUUCACAAUCAUUAAUUUGCUAUUUGUUGUUAUUUAAUUUGAAGCUUGACAGAGCUGUGUUUAGCUGAUCAUUCAUUAAUAAAGUGCCACACAUACUUGAAUUGUGAUAUUUGCAUCUAUGAACCCAGCAAUAAGUAGAUUUUUCAUUUGUGUGUUGACAUUUUAAUCUUUAAUUUCUCUUCAGACUAAAUUUGACUCUUAAAAAACAGUGAUGAUAAAUCACGUUUCCAUCUUUUCUGCAGGUGUUUGACGUCGUCUGCGUCUCAAAUGUCUCCAGUGUAAAAACUUAAAUGAGAAUCAAACCGUUUAGUUUGUUUAAUAUUAAAACGUUUUGUUGGUUGCUUGAAGAUAUUUAACAACUGAGAAAGAAAAUGACAGAAAAAAACACGAAGAAAAGUGAGAAACAGGAACAAGUGAAUGUUUCUGUUUCAGUCAGAGCACCCACGUUUAGCUGUAGUUUCUCCUCAGCCACUGUCACAUGUCACAGGAUCAGGUUGAUGUGUUUCACGCUGGUAGAUUUGAUCCAGAGGGAAAAUUCAGACCAAACGAACUCACUGAAGCUGAGUGUAGAUGCGUUGGUGGCGCUGAAGGAGCUCUGUUCAUUAGCUUUUAGACACUGUGGGUUUGGUGGUUGCAAACAGAACGAGCGUGGGACCCACGAGCUCCUUUAUCUGUUCAUGUACAGUCGUCUCCAGAUGUGCUGACUCGGCAGCAGCUGUUUGAGUCAGUGGAGGAAACGGUCGAACCAGCAGCUCUGAGCUGAUGCUGCUCUUUCUACUCGUGACCCGUUGGUUCUGUUGCCUUUGAUCCAGUAGUGAUUAGUUUGGUGUUUUAGGCCCCAGUGUUAGUUUCAGUUUUCAUCUUCACCUCACUUUCCUCCGUAUCGUUUCCAGGUUGGACACAGAAACUGACUCUGGAUCUGAACGAGCUCCUUCAGACUCGUCUGUUUGGAGUCGACCUGUUUUUAUCAGUGUUGUAAUUAUUGAAGCGUUGACGGGCUGCACUGAGCAGAGGACACGCUGUUUACAGGCGCCUCGGAUACUUGACACCUGUCAAUACAAUGUGAAACCCAAUAAACCAGUUACAGGACGAGA